GUGCUCUGAGCUUAGAGAGCCCCAAUGUCUUUCAUUGUGACAAAACAUCAAUCACCAGCCUUCAAGGAGGAUUCUUCAUGACUAAUCUUAGGAUUUUGUGAAGAAUUUUCAGGUUUAUUUCGUAAUCGAACAGCCUGCCUCAACAGGCUGCUAAUGUCAGAUUUCAAACUUCUUAUCUCUUUUGGUCUUUCAUUUAAUGAUUUGGUAGGACUCUUUUUGAGAUAUUCAAAAGGCUCUUCAUCCUUAUAGUACGAUUUACCUCUAGUUUUCUUGCAAAAUUUUUCUUCAUUUUGGUCAAACUUUGUUUUUGAGAAAUUUUUGGGAGUCUUUCAAGGCACAAACUCAAAUUUUUCUUGGAGAUAAUUUUUGUUAGGAGUAAAAGACUUUCUUUUCAUAUUAUUAAGGAUCUUGUCUGAUCCUCGAACUUCAGAAGAAGCCACGCCUUCAUUAAUGAGUUCAUCUGAUAAGUUUUCAUGUUCGAAAAUGUGAUUGGUGAAGUCCAUAUU